AUGCACCGGAGAACAGCGAAUGAUCCGAUUGAAGAGACGAAAUUGACGAGCGUUGACCACGAUGUAUUCAUUUCGAAUGAUGACGAGAGUCUAAAAUCUGAAGAGGAACGACGAAACAAUUGUCAUUAUACCACUGAUAAAAUCGGAAGUUUGCAUGACACUGUAUCGCUCUUGGAUUCCGAUAAGCCACAGGCUGUACGCAUCAUCGAAACUGACGAAGAAGAGCACUCAUUUCGACUGGAAGAACCUAUGCUGAAACGGAUUCUAUGGGAUGAGGCGAUUGCCGAUAAAAAGGUAUCUAUUAUCAGUGUUGCGGGAGCAUUCAGAAAAGGAAAAAGUUUUUUACUGAAUUUUUUCUUGCGUUAUCUCAGUUCGAAUGAAGAGGAACAUCUAAAUGGUGAAUGGCUUCAUGUUACUGAUGCUCUAACAGGAUUCAGUUGGAGAGGAGGAAGUGAACGCGAAACAAGUGGUAUUAUGAUGUGGUCGAAGCCAUUCAUCUUGAAGAAUGCAUCGAAUGAGGACAUUGUUGUUCUAUUAAUGGACACUCAAGGCGCGUUUGACUCACAAUCUACAGUCAAAGACUGUGCCACAAUAUUUGCGUUGUCGACAAUGUUGUCUUCUUUACAGAUCUAUAAUUUGAGUCAAAACGUACAAGAAGAUGAUUUACAACACUUACAAUUGUUCACUGAAUAUGGACGUUUAGCUAUGGAAAACAGUUCAUCGAAACCAUUUCAAUCACUACUAUUUCUUGUACGUGAUUGGAGUUUCCCAUAUGAAGCUGAAUAUGGUUUUUGGGGUGGUGAACGACUUUUGGAACGUCGUUUGCAAAUAUCUGAAAAACAACACGUAGAGUUGCAACAGUUACGUCGACAUAUCAGAUCCUGCUUCGAUACCAUUUCGUGCUUCCUGAUGCCUCAUCCUGGCUUGAAAGUUUCAACAAGUCCACUUUUCCGUGGCCAAAUCAGUGAGAUCAAUGAUGAAUUCCAACAACAACUGCGCAGUUUGGUGCCACAAUUGUUGGACGUUAAUAAUUUGGUGUUGAAGAAAAUAAAUGGUCGCGAGAUAACGUGUCGUGAAUUGUUGGAGUAUUUCAAGGCUUACAUCAAUAUAUUCCAAGGAGAGGAACUGCCCGAACCGAAAUCUAUGCUAAUGGCAACUGCAGAGGCCAACAAUCUUGCAGCCGUUUCAAACUCAAAAGCGCAUUACGUGAAGUGUAUGGAGGAGGUUUGUGGUGGAGAUGCGCCGUAUAUGAGCUCGAGGGAUCUGGCUGAAGAGCAUGAACGUUUUAUGAACGAAGCGAUAAGCAUGUUCAAGAGAACAAGGAAAAUGGGAGGAGUGGAAUUUUCACUGCAGUUCGUGGAAAGAUUGGAUUCUGAAAUUCAGGAGCAAUACGAGAGUUUCAUCAAGGUGAACAACUCGAAGAAUUUGUUCAAAUCAAUGAGAACGCCCGCAGUGUUGGUUGCAUUCAUGAUAUUCGAUUAUAUUAUGCAACAGUUCUUUCAAAUUAUCGGAUUGGACACUAUCGCAGGACUUUUAUCUGUGGCACUUUGCAUUGCAAUUGCAUCUCUGUGUACGUGGGUAUAUUCACGAUAUAGCGGAAAUCUACGGGAGGCCGGUACAAUGGUCGAUGAGGCGGUAACAUGGGCAUGGCAAAACUUUUUGUCAUCGUUAACCCAGGAGGGUAUGCAUAGAGCUGUGGCUAUUGGACACCGUUUUACACAGAAUGGGACAGCAAGUGGUAUGUUGACUGAUUCGAAAUCGAGGCAGCAGGCACAUAAGAAGAGGAAUUAA